CAAAAAGAGGGAAAAAAAAAAGAAGCUGUCCACCGCCAUGGAUUCGCAGCACCGAACAGUGGCUUCUCCUCCUCCGUCACCGCAAGGCCGCGAUUCCACCGCCAUUCUCUUCACCUUCCUCUCAUUCUUUGCCGUUGUCGCUCUGGUUUUUGUUCCUUCAGCAUCACCAUCCUUCCAAAAUACCUUAUCCAUUCUGCACCAAGUCCCAGAAGGCCAUGUGGGGGUAUAUUGGAGAGGAGGUGCCCUUCUGAAAACAAUUACAGAGCCAGGAUUCCAUCUAAAGAUGCCUUUUCUUACCCAGUAUGAACCUGUUCAAGUGACUCUUCAGACGGAUCAGGUGACUGAUAUACCCUGCGGUACUAAAGGCGGUGUUAUGAUCAAUUUUGAGAAGAUUGAGGUUGUUAACCGACUGCAUAAGGAAUUUGUCUUUGAGACAUUACUCAACUAUGGUGUACACUAUGAUAAGACAUGGAUAUAUGACAAGAUUCAUCAUGAGAUCAAUCAGUUCUGCAGCUCUCACAGUCUACAACAAGUCUAUAUUGAUGUGUUUGAUCAGAUUGAUGAAAAGAUGAAAGAUGCUCUUCAAGUUGACUGCACCCGCUAUGCUCCAGGAAUUGAGAUCAUUAGUGUCCGGGUCACCACAAAGCCAACUAUUCCAAAUACCAUAAGACGCAAUUUCGAACAAAUGGAAGAGGAGCGUACUAAGGUCUUAAUUGCUAUUGAGAAGCAGAAAGUAGCGGAGAAGGAGGCAGAGACUAUGAAGAAGAUGGCCAUUAGCGAGGCUGAGAAGAAUGCCAAUGUUAGCAAGAUCCUUAUGGAGCAAAAAUUGUUGGAAAAGGACAGUACUAGAAGACAAGAAGAAAUAGAGAAUGCAAUGUAUCUGGCCCGGGAGAAGAGCCUGGCAGAUGCAGACUUCUACCGAGUAAUUAAGGAAGCUGAAGCAAACACCUUGAAGCUUACCCCCGAAUUUCUUCAGCUAAAAUUUAUUGAAGCCAUUGCUAAUAACACAAAAAUUUUCUUCGGUGACAAGGUUCCUAAUAUGAUUUUGGAUCAAAGGCUACUUGGAAACUUACUUCAUGAAGAUUCUAUAGGGACAACUGCAACAGGCAAAUCAGAUAUCUGAAUUAUUAGCUGUCAGAAUUCUGAGCUCAAAUGAUUCGACCAUCAAUAUUUUGGAGAGGAGUUAUAUCUUGGCAGUUAUCUUUACACAUGAAAAAAUGAAACAGUUCUACAAAAGCUUUUUCCUUCUUGUGUGGGGAGAAUGUAGAUAAAAGACUGUCCAUUUUGCUACAGUGGAAACUGUAACACUCACAAUCAGAGAUCAACUGUUACAGGUGGGAAUAAAGGACAAUAUAUAUAACACGAAGACUGUUGUCCAGCCUCUUCCCAUGAUGUAGCAGAGCCAGUCGGCAGCGAAGAAGGGCUCCAAGUUUCAAAAGUUCCUCUCCCUCUUCCCAGCUAUUCGUCUCAUACUCCCCAACCUCGAUCGCGAGCACGACUCUUACGGCCUCAAGGAGUCUGUCCUCGCCACCUCCCUCAUCGACGCCCUCGGCAUCUCCCGUUACUCCCCCGAUGUCCUCCGACUCAUCAAUUGGCAUAAAGGUGGUGCCGUCACAAGCGAUACAAUCGAAAAUUUUGCCCUUGUCGUCGUUGAGGUUAGUGCACGACGUCGUCUUGUCUGUUUUAGGAUUCUGUUAUGCUGUGAUGAGGUGAAAAGUGAAAUGUUGUUGGUUUUGACCCAAGUGCUGCACAACAUGUAAGGGACCGCUUCGGGAGGGUUGACGAUAAGGAAGUUGAAUGAAUUACUUGACCGGUUGGCUUCCGGUAAAAAUAGAGUUAUAAUCCAAAACUCUCUGAUAAUGGGUUGACAAAAAAUGGACUAGAAGGUGACAAAAGUCAUGUUUCUACAAGGGUGAUGGGCACCUUUGGCUACGUUGCUCUUGAUUAUAUUGUCAUAGGUCACCUAAAGGACAAGGAGUGACACAUAUAGUUUUGGAGUUCUUUUAAGCUUGAGAAAGAAGAACCUACAAUAACAACAACAUGAUGAAGACCUUUAAGAGCAAGGAGAAGAAGAAUAGCAAAAUUUGUCACAAUUUCAAGAAUAUCUAAUUUUCCAUGACUUUUAUAUGUAUUAUUAGUAUUAUUAAUAUCUCUUGUUAUCUCAUCAAACACAUACAAGAAUAGAAACAAAAAUACACUUUAUUAACAUUUUUUUAGUUAAUAUGUUUU